AUGGCGCACCGUCACGUCGCCCACCACCGCGACCUGGAGACGGGGGUGGACAUGGCGCGGAAGCCGGCGUACGGCGGCGGCGGCCGGUUCAGCUACACCGGCGGGCUGGAGUUCACCGGGCUGACGUACACCGUGGUCAAGAAGCAGCGGGGCGGCGAGAAGAAGGAGGUGGACCUGCUGCACGAGAUCACCGGGUACGCGCCCAAGGGGUGCGUGACCGCCGUGAUGGGCCCCAGCGGCGCCGGCAAGUCGACGUUCCUCGACGCGCUCGCCGGCCGCAUCGGCAGCCUCGACGGCCGCGUGGCGCUCGACGGCGUGGAGAUGAGCCCCAGCCUCGUCAAGCGCUCCUCCGCCUACGUCAUGCAGGACGACCGCCUCUUCCCCAUGCUCACCGUCGCCGAGACGCUCAUGUUCGCCGCCGACUUCCGCCUCGGCUCCUCCGUCUCCGCCGCCGACAAGAGGCUUCGCGUCGACAACCUCAUCGACCAGCUCGGCCUCGCGACGUCGAGGAACACCUACAUCGGCGACGAGGGGACGAGGGGGGUGUCGGGCGGCGAGCGGCGGCGGGUGUCGAUCGGGGUGGACAUCAUCCACGGCCCGGCGCUGCUCUUCCUCGACGAGCCGACGUCCGGGCUGGACUCCACGAGCGCCCACAGCGUGAUCGAGAAGGUGCACGACAUCGCCUGCGCCGGGAGCACCGUCGUGCUCACCAUCCACCAGCCGUCAUCGCGCAUCCUGCAGCUGCUCGACCACCUCGUCAUCCUCGCGCGCGGGCAGCUCAUGUACAGCGGCGCGCCCAGGGAGGUCGCCGCCCACCUCGCCCGCAUGGGCCGCCGGGUGCCCAAGGGGGAGAGCUCCAUCGAGCACCUCCUCGACGUCAUCCAGGAGUACGAGCAGUCGGAGUACGGCGUCGCCGUCCUCGCCGAGUUCUGCCUCACCGGCCUCAAGCCACCCAAGCUCGCCGUCGAGGGGGUCUCCACCGUCUCCAGCAUCCCUCCCACGCCGCUCCUCUCCGCCCAUCACGGCGAGGACUUCGACCAUAGCCUCCGGAGCCAGCACUCCAGGUCGCCCUGGAGCGGCGGCGGCGGCGCCCAGUUCACGCCGUCGCGCCGCCCCAGGAGGGACGGCGGCAGGCACGCGCACCCGGAGAUCGUGAUGGGCACGCCGACGCCGCUGAGCAGCGCGUACACGGUGAGCGAGGGCGACUACCGCACGCCGACUCCCCGCCGCGCCGGCGCCGCCCCGACGGGCGCCCCCGGCGUGGGCAUCACCUCGCUGGGCCACCGCGGCAAGUUCGCCAACUCCUACCCCGGCGAGGUGUGGGUGCUGAUGCGGCGCAACUUCACCAACAUCCUGCGCACGCCGGAGCUGUUCCUGUCACGGCUGAUGGUGCUGGUGGUGAUGGGGCUCCUGAUGGCGACCAUGUUCACCAAGCCGAGGGACGACGCGCAGGGGGUCACGGAGCGGCUGAGCUUCUUCAUCUUCACCGUCUGCGUCUUCUUCUUCUCCUCCAACGACGCCGUGCCGGCCUUCAUCCAGGAGCGGUUCAUCUUCAUCAGGGAGACCUCGCACAACGCGUACCGCGCCUCCGCCUACGUCGUCGCCGGCCUCGUCACCUACCUCCCCUUCCUCCUCCUCCAGUCCGCCGCCUACGCCGCCAUCGUCUGGUUCGCCCUCCGCCUCCACGGCCAGUUCAUCUACUUCCUCGUCAUGCUCUACGCCUCCCUCCUCUCCACCAACUCCUUCGUCGUCUUCAUCAGCUCCGUCGUCCCCAACUUCAUCCUCGGGUACGCGGCGGUGAUCGCGUUCACGGCGCUCUUCUUCCUCUUCUGCGGCUACUUCCUGGACAGCCGCAGCAUCCCGGCGGGGUGGAGGUGGAUGAACACCAUCUCGACAAUGAAGUACCCAUACGAGGGCCUCCUCAUGAACGAGUUCCGGGGAGGGAGGGUGUUCUCGCCGGGCCCGCCGCCGCUCACCGGCGACGCCAUCCUGGGCCACCUGCGGAUCAGCACGGCGGAGGACCGCAAGUGGUGGAUGGUGCUCUAUCUCAUGGGGUGGGCCGUAUUCUACCGCGUCCUCUUCUACCUCGUCCUCCGCUUCGCCUCCAAGAACAAGAGGAAGUGAUUUUGUCAUCUCAUUGCCAUCGAGGCUAAUCCACGAGUAAUUUAAUUAAAUUCUCCAUUUUGCAACGUAAGACUUU